UUGUCAGCACAUCAAUCGCCGUUGCACCAAAAUUGCCGUCUGAAAUCUCAAAAUUGUGCAGGAGCAAUGCCAAAGUCCAGGAGGAUAAAGAAUUUCCUUAAAGUAUCAAAUGAGAGCUCUUCACAUGGUGCAUCUUUCCCCAAUCUAACUUCCUCACAACAUCCACAAGAAGAGGUUGCAAGUUCACAUCGUGGAGCAAAGGUAUCAGUUCAGCCACACAAUCAAACAUCCUUGCAAUCUACACAACAAAGGGUUGCACGCUCUAUAGAGGUUGCACGCACUACACAGGUUGUAUCUGCCUCCAAUGAUCAAAAUCAAGCUCCACAUGCAUCACAAAAUGAAUCCCCUACACUGGUUGCUGCAAGUAUAUCGUCUCAAAUACCAAAUCAAACACGCUUGCAACGUGAAGCUAAUGCACCUAUUCAGCAAACCAAUCUAACUUCCUCACAACAUGAAGCUAAUGUACCAGUUCAGCCACCCAAUCUAACGGCGCAAUCUGCGCAACCAAUGGCCGCACGUCCUCGACGUAGAGGUGGACGAGAAUCUACCCAUUAUUGGUCUGUAGAUGCACUAGAUGAAGAGAAUGAUGCAAUUCGAAAACUUCAUUUGCUGGUUAAGGACAUCAAUAACUUGCCUGAUGGAUUGCGAGUCAUUGUGGAUUUUGAUGAACAACAUACACCUAUUGGAGAGGCUGCUGGUUUUCUUUCUGGAGUAUGUGGAUUAGUAGCAACACAUAGUCCCUUUUUCCCUAUAAGUUUGGAUAAGUGGUCAGAUAUGCCAGCUAAUUAUUUUGAUACACAAUGGAAAGAACUCUUUGAGCGUCGAUUCUGUUUCAAUGAAGUUGAAGAUCUAGCUAAAAGAUAUAUUGAGGGUUCAAUUGGCAAAAAGUGGAGAGAGUAUAGACUUAAACUAUUUGAUGAUAACUUCGAUCCUACUUUGAGCAAGAAUGAAAUUGUCAACAAUAGACCUGAGAAUGUUCCCUUGGACCAUUGGGUGAAAUUUGUUGAAUAUCGCUUGAAACCCGAGACUAUGGAAAUGUGCAAGCGAAACAAAGAAGCGAGAAAGAAACAGAUUUUUAAUCAUACGUGCGGCGCCAUGACUUUCGCGAGGAAAAGACAUAUCCUAACUCUUGAGGCUGGUAAGCCUGUCGGCCGGGGUCCAAUGUGGGAUAUGACCCACAAAAGGGCAGAUGGGAAGUAUGUGAAUGAAGAAGCUCAGAAGAUAGGGGAGAAAAUUUGCAAUCAUAUAGCUGAAAACCCUGAUGGUUAUUCUGAAAUUUCUCCAAAUGAUAUUGUUGGCAAGAUAUUUGGAAAAGAGCAUUCUGGCCGUGUUCGAGGAAUGGGCAUGGGAGUGGUUCCUACUAUUGCUUUUAAGCAUACUACCACACGACUUAGCGGUAUGGAGUUUGGCUCUUUUCGUGGUAGUACUUCAAGCGGCAGUUCUGGAUUGGUGAACCAAAAACUUGCAACUAUGGAGGCUCAAAUUACAACACUUGUUGGCUACGUUAAAGCGAAGGAAGGUGGUUCACUGCCUCCAGAGUUAGCUGCUGCCUUAUUUCCCAAUGAUACACUACAGGCAUCAAAUGUAGGAAGUGGAUCUCCAACACCCAAUGACAUAACUAGAUCAUCAGAUGAAAGCAAUGCAUGUUGAGCAUGAGAGUCCAAAUUUUAGUGACAUCAGUUGUGGUCAUUUUUAUGUUUUGAAACUUGUUAUUUUGAGAAUAGCUAAAGAUGGUGGAAAUGGUUUGUGUAACUUUAUGUUUGAAAACUUGUUUAUAUUUGAGACUUGUUUAUUUUGAGAAUGGAUAUUUGUAUCAAACUCCACUU